AAUCGUUGGUUAGUGAAGCCGGUUAAAGAUUUGGUUUUGUCAAUCGUUUCCCCAAUUUCUCCUCCUUUCAAUCGUCUCCUCUCGCUUCCUCAACUCUUUUCUUUUCAUCGCCGAUCAAUCCGCCGUCAGCCAUCCGUAAAAGCGGCGGAAUAAUUGGACAAUCCUCUGGUUGAUCGGCAUCUGAAUCAUGGACGAGGAGGCAGCAGCAAAAGCUAGAGACACCGCCACCGUAAACCAGCAACAGCAAUACUAUUACGGAACGUUUCAAGGCGUCGCAAACUAUCCUCCUCCCGCUCCGCUACGGCUUCCGCAACAACCUAUUGUCACGAGUCCCUUGCUUCCUCCUCCUAUACAUGGUUAUCACAAUCUCCAAGGUCAUGGUGGUUUUGUGAAUUAUGCACAAGGAUACCCGGUUGUUCCUGAAUAUACAGUGGUUGAGGUGAGACCGGUGAGAGAGCAUGACGUUCCUUGCUGUGGCUUUGGCAUGGGCUGGUUCUUGUUUCUUAUGGGCUUCUUAUUCGGUGGGAUCCCUUGGUAUCUCGGUGCAGUUAUUAUUCUGUUCACCUCUGUUGAUCACCGCGAGAAGGCUGGCUACGUUGCAUGUUCUAUCGCGUCCGUUGUGUAUUUGAUUGCCGUCAUGCUCGGGAUGGCUGGGAAUAUUAACAUCAUCUGGUGAUUCUUACAUAUCAAAUUUCAGUAACGUAUAUGCAUCAUCAUAGUAUAGUGAUUUACAAAAGCAAAUGUUGUUAUUUUGUGCUGUAUUUAUUUGUUUACAACUAUGAUGAAAUAUGUUCUUGAUUCCUUUGAUGGCAUCUUCGUGUAAUAUAUUGUCUGAUAAACGUUGAUAAUC